AUGCAGUAGCAGUACUAUUACCCGGACCUAAGGCUAAAUUGGAAGCAGCAAUUCGAUUUAAUGUUUUGCAGCAGCAACAGCAACAACAAAGGUUGCAAGAGGAAAGAGACAGGAGAUAUAACGAAAGAAUUGAAUUGAACAAAGGACCUAGCAUAUCUUUGAAAAAUGAUUUUUCUGGAUUUUCUUAA